AUGCAGCUUCAGUCAAUCAUCGCCGUCGCCUUCUCGGCAACGGCAGUCUCGGCGGCCCCGUCUCAGGGGCUCGUCCAGCGCGACCUCGGACCCUGCCCGUCGUGGGCCGCCUUUGCAGCGCUGCGCGACACCUGCAGCAUCUACGGGCCCACGUACAGCUCCUUGUGCAUCAGGACCGGCGGCCAAGCCUGGUCGGUCUGGCCUGACCUCCUGCCUUGCUCCAGCGAGUGGUUCCAGACCAAGGAGAAGUGGCAAAAGUUUCACGACUGCAACGAGAACUGGAGCGACGCAAACUGUGCUGGAGUUCCCCGCGUGAGCCACGAUCCUAAAUUUUGA